AUGCUUUUACGCUUGCACAACUAUAUAUAUAUAUAUAUAUGUAUAUAUAUGUAAGCUACAUACUUCAUAAUUAAAUCUUGUAAUAAUAGUACUAAUCUCCUAAAACUGCACGUUGCUAAAUGCAAAGGCGGGAAGAGAAAUGGUCUGGCGAAUCCGCUCGAAAGCUCGCUGGAUAGUUCCAUCAAUGGCAUCUCUAAGACCUCCCUCGAUCUCCAAAGACUCCUUUCACUGCCCACCCUUGUCUGGUUUUACCAGUUCCCUUGUGGGUCUUCCCAAAAGAAGCCUCGCUUGUUCGGACCCAAAAAACCAGCUUAUAUACUCUGCAGAAGCUGGGGAAAACCAUUCAGGAUUACUGCCUUCAGUGGAAAGAAAUUUAACUUUAAGAUUGGAGGCUUCCGGUGCUAGUUCUGCCCAAGACUGUACAAACAUUAAAGCCGAAAAUGUGUAUGAUGGAAAUAGUAGGGUGGACUUGUUUGGCGAGAUGAAGAUGAGAUUUCUAAGUUUCAAGAAGCAUAAAUAUUUGGAAGAGCGGGAGCAUUUUCGUACUCUUGCUGAAGCACAAGCACCGAAGUUAAGUUGUGUGUUAAACUUACAAGUUCAAGAACAGUUUAUGGUGAUUGCUUGUGCAGACUCAAGGGUUUGCCCCUCUAACAUCCUAGGAUUUCAACCUGGAGAAGCCUUUAUCAUUCGGAAUGUGGCUAACCUUGUUCCACCACUUGAGAAUGGACCAUCAGAAACUAAUGCUGCCCUUGAGUUCGCAGUAAAUACUCUACAAGUUGAAAAUAUAUUAGUCAUUGGCCAUAGUAGAUGCGGAGGAAUUGAGACUCUCAUGAGCAUGCAAGAUGAUGAUAAUUCAAGCUUUAUUCAUAGUUGGAUUAUCAAAGCAAAAACUGCCAAAUUAAGAGCAAAAGCCGCUGUACCACACCUUAAUUUUGAACAGCAAUGCAGACAUUGUGAACGGGAAUCCAUAAAUAAUUCAUUGAUGAAUUUGUUAACAUAUCCAUGGAUAGAAGAGAGGGCAAAGAAAGACAUGCUCUCAAUUCAUGGAGGAUAUUAUGAUUUCUUGAAUUGUACUUUUGAGAAAUGGGACCUUGAUGCCAAGAAUAGUAAUGUUACUGAAAAAGGGGCCAGAUAUUUGGUCAAAGAUACGAUGUAUUGGUACUGAAUUUCUUGCUCUCUUCUACACCGCUGAUUACAAAUGCAUUUUCUUUCCUUCUUUUUGGAGGUUGGAUGAUGUUUGGUUACAACAGAGGUUGUUGUUGUUGGCAUGGUUUGUAAUGUAUAUAUCAUAACUGUAGAUAUAAACCAUAAAUUUGUUGUUUUCUUUACCUUCAAAUGUGGGAGGUGUAAAUUGAAUUGAAGGCAAAUUAUCCAUGAA